AUGACUUUCCAUAACCAUGCCGGCGAUACUAGGUUUACAGUCUUUAUCCGCCUUCCAUUUCCCAGAGGCGACUUUGUUGAGUGGAACGCCGCCAAGGACCAAGCCCUCUGGGAUAUCCUUUCCCGUCCUUCGAAAGGAGACGAUAUAGACUGUAUGUACUAUAGCUUCGAUGUGACCUUGCAGUUCCUUCUGCAGCAAGCAGCCUGGCUAUAUGACCGGCAACUGUCGCAAGUUCGCGCCCAAAUGCGUAGAGUGGUGCCUCACUCGAACUCGCCAUCUCCAGCUCCCGGUUCAAUGACUGGGAGCACAGCUCUUGGUGGACAACCUAUCAAAGGCAUCCCUGGCGCUGGCCCGCGUGCUCCAUCCCGCCUUACGUCGCAACAGAAAGAUGCAUUGCCCCAGCGAAUGGAAGUCCCUGGACCCCGCCGUACGAGCUCUACAACAACUAUCAACCAGAUAAGAAGUCAAGAAAAGCCACCCCAGCCCGAGACGGUGGCUGCUGAGACUGGAGACGCGAAACGAAAUGGCCACGGCCGACAGCCUUCUAUCAACAAGAGCAGACAGGCUCUGCCGCCUCCGCUUCAUAGAUCCCCGACGCUCGAGGAAGAAGAUCCUUCCUCUGGUUCAUCAGAAGAGUCUGAUUCGGACGAGGAUAUCAUGAUGAGCAGAACGGGACCUAGGUUCAAGCGCUUCAGCAAGUUCUCCACCCAUCGACCUGGCUUGAGAGAUGACGAAGAUGACGAAGACGAAUCCCCUGCUUUUCUGCCCUUAACUCGAGAGCCUGCCGCGAUUCUACGUGACUCCUCCCGGCAGGAUCUCAAUGCAACGCUUCGGUUAGAAGCCGAGCAGGCUGCGCAACGAAGACGCCCCAUACAGCAGGAACCCAUGAUACGAAGGUCAAUUACAACUGAAUCUUCGACGAGCUCUGUCAGUUCGGGGGCACUUGUCCCUCUCCGACAAGUAGACGACCGCUGGAGUUCCCAUCCGCCGAGUGGGACAUUCAGUCCCCGGCGAACAGCACAAUUGGCGCGGUCAAGCCCACGGCAGUCGGUUGCGUCUGGAAACGACGCGAGCGAUACGCCUAGCAUGGGCAGCAGCUACGGCGAUUUAGACGGUAAGGAGAUUGUCCGUCAGAAUGCACAUCCAGAUGACUAA